AUGAGCCCAGACAACAAGAUGAACUUUAUCAUCGAGGAGUCAACGAAAGUGAACUCAGGAUAUGACCCACUAUACCGGCCUGUUCUGGGUCUUAUACUGUGUAGGUGUCCAGAGGAAGUUUGCGGCAGAGUAACACAAAGCUUCGUCGAUGUCAUUGGCUCACUUAUUCUACUCGCCAGCCCUCUGUCAAUAACAGAACUUGCCAAUCUUCUCGGUACCGGUGCUCGGGAGGUUGCGGGCCAAAUUGAUGCUCUACGGUCUGUGAUCGAUGUUCCAUCUGACAAUGGCAAGAUUAAACUGUUCCAUCUGUCCUUCCGAGAUUAUCUUCUCAGUAAUUCAGCUGGAGAGCUCCAAGUGGAUGAGGCCAAAUGCCACGCAAAACUGGCAAGCAGGUGUAUCAACCUUCUGAAGGCAAAGCUGAAACAGGACAUAUGUGGCCUUGGGUCUCCUGGGACACGUAUUCGGGAAAUUGACCCAGCGAUUUUGGACAAGCACCUGUCCGCAGAAGUCCAGUAUGCAUGUAUAUAUUGGACGUUUCAUUUAAGGCUGUCUGGAGCACGUCUUGGAGAUCCAGAACAGGAUAAGAAUGCUAGAAGUAUCCUUAAGUUUCUCCAGACCUUCUUUUCAAACUGGAUAGAGGUGUUAUGCCUGAUAGGAAAGGUCGCUGAUUCCUUCAUUGCCCUUGACCAACUACAGACUAUUGUUAACGAUGGGGCGGGUGGUCAACUUCUACGAUUUAUCGCCGAUGCAAGGCAAUUCAUUCGUUACUUUCGCGCAGGGAUACAAGAAGCGCCCCUCCAGAUAUACUACUCAGGCGUGAUAUUCAGUCCAAAAGCAAGUAUUGUGCCUCAACCAUUGGCCGACCGACAAUAUCCAGAUUGGAUCGCCCAACCCUCAAAUAUAGACUCUGAUUGGCCACAAAGGUCGCACACCUUCGAGGCCGACGGGCAGUUCAUUUUGCAAAUGACUUUCCUACCUGACGGCAGACUAGUCUCACUAUCCCGUCUCGGGCAGAUCAAAAUUUGGGAUGCAAACUGUGGUUUCUGUCUAUUCACUAUAUCGGGCAAUGAAGACAAAAUGUAUCACUCAUUCUCCGUGUCACGAGACAAUGGCGUUGCAGUGCCGUCUUCCAAUUCAAUCAAGAUCUGGGAUGCAAACAGUGGCACACUCAGCCAAGAGAUUGUCCUAGAAGAUCAUGAUGUUUAUGACGUCGCGUUUACAGACGAUGGCAAGUUUAUUUGCUCAAGGUCGAGACGAAUAGAACGAGACGUAGAAUCCAAUGACUCAGGACUGACUAGUCAUCACUCAGAAGGCGAAGUUGUAACCGAAUCUGAUCAGGAGAUCAUGUGCAUCCACGAUGUCACCACUGGAGAAUGUGUUCGCGAGUUCGGGUCUGGACUCCAGUUUUCCACUCCCAGCUUCUCUCCAAAAGGUCAAUGGAUAACAGUGAAUGAAACAAUGCUCUCAAGAUGGGAUACAUGUAGCGACUUGCUUUGGAUGAACCUGGAGACUGAUGGCAAGCAUAGCGCAUGGGGAUUCUCUGUCGAUGGUACGCUGCUGGCUUCAAUCAACGCACAGAGGCGGCCACCCGAGAUAAAGGUGUGGUGCACGGAAUCAACCAAGUGUUUGCACACGUACACGAUCCCAGAUGAAGACUCGAAGCCCAUGAGUGGCCUAACUUUGACGAAAGACUUGCUAGUAUAUACGUCGGUGACUUGCGAUGCUGUUUUUAUCAAUUUGAAAACAGGCCAAGUAUCCCGCAGACCCGACAUCCGAGUCUUCCAUCAUCUUGCGUUAUCCUUUGAUGGUAAAACCCUUGCCACACUAUUGUUGGGUGGAGUCAUAGGAAUAUGGGACCUUGCGUCAAUAUCUCAAGUCGAGCCCCCCGAUGUACACUUAUGGCCUGUGGAAUGGGUGGCUCCGAUAGCUGAUGGGAAUACCAUUUUGUCUUUGACACGCGGGGAUUCCAGAAUCUGGGACAUCUCUACUUUGCACUGGAGUGCAACGGCCCACCAAACCCGGUAUACCGGAGCCUACUACGCCCCCCCGCUAAAGAUAGCAACUUCGACGAACAAGCCACUCUACGCAACAUGUAGUUUGGAAGAGGUUGUAAUAUGGCACUUCGACCCGGUCCAUGGUAUUAAGCGCCUGCCGCAAGAAUAUGCCACUGCGGCAAACCAGGUGGAAAACAUUGCAAUCUCUGAUAAUGGAGAACGACUUGCUGUCUACCUAUAUGAUGAGCUUCAUGAUGAGCGGCGUGCUGUUCAGAUAUGGGACUUAAGGACUGCCGGUCUGCUACAAACGAUUGACUGUGGCCAAUAUCCAGGACCUGCUAAGACUGGACGUUUUCGAUUGGCUCUUUCGCAUGAUGGCUCGCGAGUUGCGUAUAUGACUGAUGAUUCCAUCAAGGUUCAAAAUGUAUCGAAUCCUCAGUCUUUAACGACCUGCACACUACCGUACCCUGAUGAUGACUCCCUUUCACACUUAUCAUUUGAUAACGGGAGGAUCCUAGCCAUCACGAGAUGGGCCAUACAAAGCUUCGACGAUGAGACCGGCGAGGAGAUAGGAAGGUAUAAACUUGAAGACAGUACUCAAAAGGGUGGAGUAGAAAAAAGCUUCAUCAAUAUUGAGGCUAUCCAUAGCACUAACGAACAGCCCAGACAGCACAUCAGCGACAUCAUGAAACCCUACUACAUUCUGAGAGAUGAUCGUUGGCUCCAUAAGCAUAAAGAGGAUAUACUUUGGCUUCCACCUGAUUAUGUGCCAGAAUCGGCAUGUCUGGUGGGAUCAACCGUCAUCGUUGGCACAAUCUCAGGGCGAUUAUUGUUCUUGUAUUUAAGAAGUUGA